CACAUUUUGUACACCCGGCCUACCUUUGAACCAAUCAGAAGGCAGGAUUUUACUGUAAUAGGUAAACCUGUUUGGGAAAAAAAGAUUUUGAGCCGGGCCCAUCCUUCCAAACGUGCCAAUCAAGGUAGGUGCGGCAAUCGAAUUCCUUCUCCAGUCCUUGAGACACCUCUGAGAGAUGACGCUGAGACAAACGGCGAGAUAUGCGAGUCGAUUCUGCGACAGAGAAAUCCAUUGUUUUUUCACCUGCUCCUUGCUUUCCACCGGCUCUUUGGAUUGACUCCCAAUACAAAUUUGCAUGAGUUUCUACCUUGGUUCUACAUUUGUUGGGGGGUCCCAGCAUUCAUGAUGGACUCUAGCAACGUGUCCAACGUGUCCAACGUGUCCAACGCGACGUACAACAACAGCAGCCACGUCUCAUGUCUCUCUGGAAAGAACUAUGAAAAGGUCUUACUAUACCUGCUGCCCAUCAGCUACUCUCUGGUCUUCUUCUUCGGCCUCUCGCUGAACGCCAUGGUGCUAUUCUUCAUCACGUUCCGCACCAAGCGCUGGACCCCGUCCACCAUCUACAUGCUCAACCUGACCGUGUGCGACAUCCUGUACGUCUUCACGCUGCCCUUCCUCAUCUACAACUGGGUUAAGGACUGGCCCUUUGGCGAGGCAGUCUGCAAAAUCUGUGCCUUUCUCUUUCAAGCCAACCACUAUGGCUCCAUUCUUUUCCUGUCUGCCAUCAGUCUGCAUCGCUUCAUUGCCAUCUGCUACCCGGUCCGUUCCCUCAGCUGGCUCAGCGUUAAACGCGCCCAGCUGGUGUCUGUGGGCGUGUGGGCCUGUGUGCUCUCCUGUCAGGCACCUGUUCUGUACUUCGCCGGGACUGAGACGUCCAACCAUCGUUCUUUUUGCUAUGACAUCACGAACCCGGAGCUCUUAUAUCAAUUCCUAGUCUACGGCUCUGUGAUCUCUGUGGUGAUGUUCGUCCUGCCCUUCAUGCUGGUGAUGGUGUGCUACGGCCUGAUGGUGCGCAAGUUGCUGGAGCCCAGCUGGGGAUCAGGGGAGGGCCAGCAGGGGCUCGGGGCGGCCCACCGCACCAAGAAGAAGUCGGUGAAGAUGAUCAUCAUCGUGCUGAUGACGUUCAUGUUCUGCUUCCUGCCCUACCAGCUGAUCGAAUACUUGAGAUUCGUUAUAUAUGAUUCAAGAAAGGUCAGUUCGGCACACAUCCUUAAUCAAACACCUGACUCAGGAUUGGAUUGAAAUCGGAUAAAAGGGUCAAUUUAAAUCUGCACACACAUGUAUGUGUCUUCCUUAGCAUUCUCUAAUGUCUUGAGUUGUAGCUACAGAUAUUAGCGAUAGGAUUUUCAGAAGAGAAUGCAAUGUUUCUAGUUCCGAUAUUAUUAUUUUUUUUAACCCUACCUAACACCCGUCACCAACUUUGUGUUUGAUCUUCUUUCUGUGUCACUGGAUCAGAUUACCUGUAAAAUGUGGGAAGCGUUCUCCAUAGCCUUCCAGGUGACCUGGCUGAUGGCCAGCGCCAACAGCAUCAUGGACCCCAUCCUCUACUUCAUGGUUGGCCAAGACUUCCGUAAAAACAUGAUGAAGAAGAAGCAGAAAAAAUCUGAAAAUACAGUGUUGAUGGCAUCACUGUGAUACCAGAUUCUACCCGAUAUAUAAAGCCUCGAAAUCCAACAAACCUACCUUUAGUUUGUAUGCGUCUUAUCUCGUUAUUGUUGUAAGUAGGUAUGUGUAGCAUCCCCACCGAUGAAUGGCCAAGACUUAAACUGAUGGUUUUCUUGAUUUAUGUAAAUCCUUCUGUAGUCAACCAAUAAACCACCGUAAGAGCUAUAGGCAGAACACAAAUACAAUGCAUUUACUACCUUGCCAGUGUCAUGUAUUAACCUAGCAUGACAUUGAGUAGAAUUACGUGGUAUAUGAACUUAACACAGGUAAGAAAUGUCUUAUUACCGUACAAAAUCAUUUCAAAUGACAUUAACACAUGUUAACCGUAUAUUAUACAUGAACACUGACCUUGUGUCUCUUCGGCGGGUGCUAAAACAAUUAAAAAUGUAAACUGUA